UGCGGUCGUCGAUGGUCACUCGGUUGUUGCGCUUGUACGUUUCUCGCUCAUUGUCGUACUCGCUCUGUUCGUUGCUGUUCAACAAAUUGCUGUAUCUGUAAUAGUUGUUGGAGUUGACCGAUUUGUCGUUGAGGUUGUUCAAGCUGGGGCGGUAAUAGUCCUGGUUGGAGGGAACUACAUUGUACUCUUGGCUGUCGGAGUCUUCGUUGGAAUUUUCGUUGGUGAAGAAGUUCCAAGUUCCUGACAAAAAAAAAACCGCAACAAUUAAUGAGCAUAGCCACGGUGACCCUCGACAAACUUCCGGUAAACACUCUGAACUUGGAGCUUUUAGAAAGCUUACGAGAUGAAUUAAAAAAACUCCAAAACGAAAACGUCCGAGGAAUGAUAUUGACUUCGGGUUUGAAAAAUGUAUUUUCUGCUGGAUUGGAUUUAAAAGAGUUCCACGAACCCGAUCCUACCAGGUUAGCACAAUUCUGGUCAACUUUACAAGAAACGUGGAUAGAACUUUAUUUAACACCUUUUCCAACGGUGGCCGUGAUAAACGGUCACUGUCCAGCAGGAGGUUGCCUGUUGGCUAUGAGCUGCGACUACAGGGUGAUGGUCGAACCCAAAUACACGAUUGGACUUAACGAAACCCAACUGGGAAUCGUAGCUCCAAAAUGGCUUAUGGAUACCAUGAUUGCGGUGAUCGGCCAAAGGAAGGCAGAGGUAUCGUUGACUACGGGUAAGAUGUAUACCGCCAGAGAAGCGUUAGAAAUUGGUCUGAUCGACGAAAGUGCGCCAGACCGCGAUAGCGCCCUCGUGAAGGGUUUGGAGUUUUUGAAUAGAUUUAAAAAUAUAUCACAAUGGGCGUAUCAAAAGACCAAAGAAACGAUUCGUCGACCGACCGUUCAGUGGUUAAUCGACAACAAACAAAAAGAUGCUGAAAUUAUAUUGGACUGUAUGCAAUCGCCACGCGUUCAAAAAACUAUCGGCUUUUAUUUACAAUCAUUGAAAAAAUAAAACGCUACUCGAAUUGAUCGAAUGUGGACGGUUUAACUUAAAUGCGAACAAUUGUUUAGGGUGCAGAUUUUUCAGAUAUAUUAAAAUAUGAACAUAAAAUUCAUUUUGGAUCGGGAACUUAACUGUUUUGUUUAUUAAUUGUUUAUGUUUAUGAUAAUAUGAUUAUCUACCUAGCCUAAUUAUUACAAAGUAGUAUGUAUAAACUACACUUUUUU